AUGCACCAGGACAUCCUUGGCAGGACCGAUAUUUUGAACGUGAAGAAGGAUUCUAUCACAUGGCAGACCGAAGCCGCUCGAAGCCAGGACCCGACGCAGCCAGCUUCUAUCCACGGAUCGUGGUACUCUUCCCCUACCAUUGCAGCACCUCAGGCGUCCCACCCAAUUGCACCGCCCCCGCCCCCGCCUGCUCCGGCUUCUCAACGCUCUCCACCAACCCAACCUCAACGUGAGGAAUGGGAUGACACUUACCUGUCCGUGUUGAGCACCCAGGAUCCUAAACAGCUGCGGGAAUUACUGGCACGGUCAAAUCCAGAAAUCGUCAUGCCGUUGAAUGGCCCGGGACCCUUGUCGCAGGCUGUAAUCUUAACCUUGCUGCGUCGCCUCGCCGCCACUGUGGGAGAGACUCCGCCAUGGCUCCAGCGUGCAGCUACUGUAUUAAAUAUCAACGUGGGUUUUUCUGCGAUCAUGUGGACGUACCUUCGCUCAUCAGGGUCGUUCGUUCUUACCCAGGAGUCUCUUAUUUCACCCUACGUGACUCGUGUUGUGCCGAAUGUCAAGGCCAUGCUGAACACCAUCGAACAGCGUCUAUCGAUUCUCCCCGGUCCUCCACAGCUGAUGGACUCUGUUAGAACGAUUUCUGAUAUUCAAGAUACUCUUACUCGCAAGCAAACAUAA